AUGGCACUAGAAUUCGCCGACUCCUACGGCGGGGGUUCAGGCAUUGAUAUCGAGGCUCUCUAUUUUUCAGGAUCCUGUGGCCUUUGCAGGUUUCGAUUGGACCACGGUGACAAAGUCAUUUCAUAUCGUGAAAACACAGAGCCCAUCAAAUACACUUUUGGGGGCCCUGACUCCCCUCGUCGUACGAAUAGGAUGAUAUAUCACCUCGCAUGUGUAGAGUGUACUUCUCGGACCUUGAUGUUCGAUAGUCAAUUGUCUUACGAUGUAUCUGUGGCGACCUUUCUUGGAGGUCGGUUUGACAUGCACAAAUCCCUGUCUCGAAGUCGUCUCCGCUGGCUGGAGCGCACCUUCGAACGACAUUUGUUCGAUCUUCGUCUCGGGCGUCUACCUCAGGAACUUUGCUGCAAAAUUGCGGCCGACUGCAAGGAGCAAACCGUUCGUCUGUUCCAACGGCUCUGGUCGAAGAGUGACAAUCACCGAGCAGGAAAUAUAUCGGUUCCGAUCGAAACUAAUACGGUGCUAUGGGCGGAGUAUGUCAACUAUGAGGGCAGUCGGUACAUUCGGUCAUUGUCCUAUGAAUCGCGCGGCGGAGACGAGGAAGUCGUCCUUGAUAGAAAGGUCAUCACGAAGCCCCUCAACGUUUUCAUCCGUCACAACGGCCGUGGAGUCAACAAGGUCAUCUUCACUGAAUGGGAAGAGCGGCCUGGCGUGAGCCAAGUCGAAGGUGGCACGUUUUAUCUGAAAGCAAGAUUCGAUGGCUUUAAACUUCGUGGUUUGGGUGUUACCAAAUCACCAUACGAGUUUCUGAAGUUCGCCGAAUACGGAUCUGUUGAGAUACGAUGGGAUAUUCCUCCUACAACAGUCAAGCUCUGGCCAAGAGUUCCACUUCCCAGAGAUUCUGAUUCUCGCAUUUCUCACACAUAUGUGCGAUCCAUGGAGUGGAAUAAACCCGAUACCGUGGCCUAUUCUUUCUGCCUUGUCGGCAGUGCGAUUGUUCAGUGUAAUUCUCACCAGGACGGAAAUCUAUUAGGGCCUGGAGAAUCCGACCCAAGACUAAGGCGCGAAGAGAUCAUGCGGCUUUUCUUUCCUAUGAACCCUCACGAGAAAGUCUCUGAACUCUGGGUUCGUAGUUUUCAUGAAACACUAUCCACGCUCAUAUUACCUGAGGACACUCCUUCCCGCAUGUUUUACACAGGCGACUUCGAUGGUUUGCCUGCAUCCAGCGUCGCGUGGCUUCAUUUCGAUUCAGUGUCCACAUGGGAGAAUCCAAUGAAGUAUGAAAGACAGUGCGCUUUUGAGGGCGCAACAGGCUCUUUUUAUUCGUCCGCAAGUCUUGAUAAUGUCAGGCAGGUCACUCCCUGCAUGAACAGCUAUGACUGUAGAGACACCGAGACAGGUUUGCUCUUUACCUACACUAAUGGUACUUGUAGUUGUGUCGGUGACUUUCACUUUGAUUCUGAACUAUGGAAUCACUCAUUGCCGGUAGAUUCAGAUGCCAUGUGGGCAGUAUACCUAGAUUCGAAUUGGCAGGAGUCGAAGGCCAGCAAGCACACCAUCAUGCACGGAUUCGAUUCAGACACUGUAAAUUUCAGACCACUGUCCCGGUACUAUGAAGGAUACGAUGAUGACAAUUCCCUCAUGGAUGACGGUGACGGAGGUCAGACCAGGGAUGCGGGCUCAGGCAAAUGUGAAUUGUCACAUCACCCGUCCGGGGAACCAAAAAACGAGAUGCGUGGUAUUCUCGCCAAAUACGCUGCUUCUGAUGCGGCCGAACAGAAACCGAUCGUCAAAUCGUUGACGCUCCUCCUUGGGAAUGUUGAUCCAAACAAUCUUGAUAAGGUCUACCGAGAGGCCGAAAACAACGGCAACUACGCAAUCUACGGACUUUGA